CGUGCAACAACAACAACAGCGGACGAUUCCAACAACAAAGCAAAGGCCAAAACAAUAAUUUUAAAAAAAUUUCAAACGAAUCGAAAGCAAUAAUUAAUACGCAGCAGUCGCCAACUGCUGGAUCGUCGAGUGUUUUUUUAUCAAGAAAAAAAAUAUUCAUUCGAAAAUAGUGCAACAAAAAGUGACAACAACAAAGUUCCAUCUAACAGGCAGAGUGAAAGUGUAACAACAGAUACGAGAAAAAGAUACAGAUACAUAUUCUAAAUAAAAAAAAAAAAAUCAAAACCAUUAGCAAUGUCAGCAUAUCAGAUGAAUUUUAACCAGGAUUUUACUUCUCUAUCCGUGCUCAGCGCGACGGGAUUGCGUCUUUAUUCCAUAGCUGGUCAGGAGGUUGAAGAGAUUUUCGCCAAGGAUAAUACGGAGCAGAUACGAAUUGUGGAACGAUUAUUCAAUAGCUCGUUGAUCGUGCUGGUCACCAAACAGAAACCGAAUUGUCUAAAAAUGUUGCAUUUUAAAAAGAAACAGGACAUAUGCAAUUGCUUCUAUCCUUCGGAGAUAUUGUGUGUGCGGAUGAAUCGACAACGUUUGAUUGUAUGCCUGGCGGAGAGUAUACACAUUCACGAUAUACGCGAUAUGAAGAUCCUGCAUUCCAUUGUCAAUAUAGCGCCCAAUGAGCAAGGACUCUGUGCUCUGUCGCUCAACUCGCAUCUGGCUUUUCCCAUAUGCCAGAGCAGUGGCGAGCUGCGUAUAUUCAAUGCUAGCAAAUUACGCACUGGUAUGACAAUUAAAGCCCAUGACACGCCUCUAUCUGCCUUAACAUUUUCACCAAGUGGAGCUCUCUUGGCCACCGCUUCGGAGCGGGGCACAGUGAUACGAGUCUUUUGCGUAAAGAACGGUCAACGUGUACAGGAAUUUCGCCGAGGAGUGAGUUGUGUCAGGAUAUUCUCCCUGGUAUUUGCAGCAAAUGGUGAUUUCCUGUGCGCCUCAUCCAAUACGGAGACGGUUCAUGUGUUCAAGAUCGAUGCUCGUGCCGUCGAGUCGGCGGAACUGAAGGCCAUUGCUGAAGUAGCAGCUAAAGCGGAUAAUGCCAAUAAAGAAGCAACAUCAAGCCCUCCCACUGCAGAUGAAUCGAGCAACAAUACGACAACGGCAGCAACUGUGGCCACUUCAGCACCUUCGCCUCCUCCGGCCAGUUGGGGUGGCAUGUUCUCCAAGGCCGUUUCAUCACUGUUGCUGCCCACGCAGGUCAGUGAUGUGUUGGCCCAGGAUCGUUCGUUUGCCACGGUUGUGCUGGCACAACCUGGCCUAAAGCACAUUUGUGCCAUAACCCGAGUGCAGAGAGAAUUGCGAUUGCUGAUCGCCUGCGAAGAUGGUUUUCUCUAUGUCCAUGAAUUCAAUGCGGAAAAGGGUGGAGUAGCGAAACUAUUGUCCGUGCAUGAUUUACGUGGCGCUUUGGAAGAUGUCAUUGAACUGCAAUUGACUGAAAGUCAAUUGGGUAGAAUACAAUCGAAACCAACUUCAGCCACAACGCAACAAUCGCUGACUAUGCCAAAAAGUUGUGCAGCCAGUGUCCUUAUUGAGAAUCCUGAACCCAUGCCGGAUAACAGUUAUGCUGGCAUUCUACGUGGCGAUCAGGCAGAUGCCAUGUCAGCCUUUAAUUCUCUUAUAGAUUCUGCCAAAUUUCGUAAGCUUUGCGAUGCCAUCGACACGCCAACGAAACUCUAUGACGAACGACAAUUUCCACCCGUUGCCAUUGCGGCCAAGGAUUGACCUAGACGCCAAGGGUCCAACGAUAUGGUUAUUGUAGACAAAGCGCAAUUUCGUUAAAACUGAAUAACAACUAAAAUUUAAAGCAAUUUACUUUAAGUAACGAAAAAAACAAAACAACAAACAACA